AGGCAUACUGCCUGUACAGGCAAAACAAGUUGGAUGAGGCGUUGGAGUCCUUGAAAAAACAAGAGAGAAAUUCUGCUGCUAUGUUACUAGAAUCUCAAAUUCUGUAUCGUCUAGGAAAAAUGGAUGCCUGUGUGGAUGUGUAUCGGAAGCUUCAACAGUCUAGGAUUGAAUCCAUCGAAAUAAAUCUUGUUGCUAGCUUGAUUUCUGCUGGAAGAGCUUCUGAAGUGAAAGGAACUUUGGAAUCACUUAGGGUUAAACCAACUAGCAGCUUUGAGUUGGCAUACAAUGUUGCUUGUUCUUUGAUAGAAGUCAAUAAAUACACAGAUGCAGAACAACUCUUGCUAGCAGCUCGAAGGAUUGGUCAGGAAACUCUUACUGAUGAUAACCUUGCUGAGGAAGAAAUAGGGAUUGAACUUGCUCCUAUUGCUGUUCAGUUAGCCUAUGUACAGCAGCUCCUUGGUCAAACACAAGAGUCAGUGGGAUCUUAUACAGAAAUUAUAAACCGAAAUCUGGCUGAUGAAUCAUCACUUGCAGUGGCAGUGAACAACCUCAUUGUGGUGAAAGGUCCAAAAGAUGUUUCUGAUAGCCUGAGGAAACUAGAUCGGCUGAAGGAGAAAGACACACAGAACUUUCAGCUUUCUCAUGCACUUGAUGUAAAGCUUUCACCAAAACAAAGGGAGACAAUAUAUGCAAAUCGUGUCCUUUUACUUCUCCAUGCAAAUAAGAUGGAUCAGGCUCGAGAACUUGUUGCCACACUGCCAGAGCUUUUUCCAGAUAGUGUGGUGCCAGUAUUGCUUCAAGCUGCAGUCUUGGUCAGAGAGAACAAAGCUGGGAAAGCAGAAGAGUUGUUGGGGCAGUUUGCUGAGAAAUUCCCUGAGAAAUCAAAGAUUGCUCUCUUGUCUAGGGCACAGGUUGCCACUGCUGCUGGUCAUUUACAAAUUGCUGCUGAAUCCCUUUCUAAGAUACCUGACAUCCAACACAUGCCUGCCACUGUUGCUACCCUUGUUGCUCUCAAAGAGCGCACUGGAGACAUAAAUGGUGCUAGUGCUGUGUUGGACUCUGCAAUCAAAUGGUGGUCAAAUGCUAUGACUGAGGACAAUAAGCUCAGUGUUAUAAUGCAAGAGGCUGCUUCCUUUAAGCUCAGGCAUGGAAAAGAGGAGGAUGCUGCCUGUCUAUAUGAGGAUCUUGUGAAAAGUCAAGGUGGCAUAGAGGCCUUGGUUGGGCUGGUACGUACGGUAGCUCAUGUGAGUGUUGACAAAGCAGAAGCUUAUGAGAAGCAGCUCAAGCCAUUACCAGGAUUGAAGGAGGUUGAUGUGGAUAGUCUAGAGAAGACUGCCGGGCCAAAGCAAGUUGAUGGUACUCCUCAUGUUGGGCUUAUGGAAGCCCAAGAAGAAGGUAAGAUCAAGGAAAAACCAAAGAAAAAGAGAAAGAGAAAACCAAGAUAUCCCAAAGGAUUUGACCCCGCAAACCCAGGUCCUCCACCAGAUCCAGAAAGGUGGCUCCCUAAGAGAGAGAGGUCAAGUUACAGGCCCAAGAGAAAGGACAAGAGGGCAGCUCAGGUGAGGGGCUCCCAGGGUGCAGUAGUUAGAGAAAAGAGUGAAGUUGGUGCCACAGCAGCCAAUUCCAGUGCAUCUAAUUCUAAGUCAAGCCAAGCCCCCAGUUCUAAGGGAGCUUCACAGACUGCAGAAUCAUCCAAGCCACCAUCCAAGUCUUCAUCCAAGUCAUCAAGAAAGAAAUCCAGAAAUUAACUAGCAAUGAGCAAUGAGCAAUGAGCCACUUUUUUUUGGUGAGAAACUUUCAAUUAGGUUCACAUUUGACGUUAUUUACAUUUUGUUAUUAAUUUGACUGUUUAACAUGUUGGCUGAGCUGGUUUUAUUUAACAAUCAAUGAAAACGCAUAGGAACUUUUUUGAUUGAAGCUGGUUGUCUCCUUUGUUACUGUGCGCUCUAAUUUGCAAGGUUACCUCACAAUGAAAACUUGUUAGGUGU